AUGUCAGAUUUACUGUCAAAGAUUCUUAAGUUGGUAGAUUCCAAUAAUGGAGUUAUUCAAAACACAUUACAAGCACCCGAACUCGCCAACAUAGAUUCCAACACAUUACACUCGGCAUUAUCUUCGCUAUGGUCGAAAGAAAUGGUGAACUUCACCAAGAUUGAACAAGACCAAUGGGUUUUGACCAAAGAGGCCGAGGAGUACCUCAAGGCCGGAGCCACCCCGGAAGUGCAAGUUGUUGAUGAAGUAUUGAAGGCAUUGGAAGGCUUGACUAUAUCACAGUUGAAGGAAAAAUUGGGACCAGUGGGAAUCGUGGGCCAAGGUAAAGCCUUUAAGAAUAAGUGGUUAAGCAAGGAUGGAGACAAACUUAUUGCACAAGUCAAAGAUUUACCAACCGAUUUCGUUUUGCAAGAACUUGAAACAAUCAAGAAAACUGGUUCACUAGACGACAAGAAGGAACUUGUAGAAUUGAAAAAGAGAAAAUUGAUCAAUUUGAUGAAAAUUGUAGGAUACAAAAUCGAGAAAGGACCCAAGUUUGCCCUCGAGAUUGUUAAUUUGGAAACAGAUAUCACCUCCGACAUGAUUAUGAACCAAUCUUGGAAAACAGCACAAUUCAAGCCAUACAACUUCAACUCGGAAGGUGUUUACCCACAAUCAGGUGCAUUGCAUCCAUUAAACAAAGUUAGAGAAGAAUUUAGACAAAUCUUUUUUUCCAUGGGCUUCACGGAAAUGCCCUCUAACCAAUAUGUUGAAUCUGGAUUUUGGAACUUUGAUACCUUGUUUGUUCCACAACAACACCCAGCAAGAGAUUUGCAAGACACUUUUUACUUGAAAGAUCCAGUCAAGGCCAAGGAACCUGAAGACAAGGAAUACUGGAACAAUGUGAAACAAGUGCACCAAGAAGGUAAAUACGGCUCCAUCGGUUAUAGGUAUCCAUGGAGUGCCGACGAAUCGUUGAGAAUGGUUUUAAGAACUCAUACUACUGCCAUUUCAUCAGCAUUAUUGUACAAAUUGGCCCAAGACCCUAAACCAACAAGAUUGUUCUCCAUCGAUAGAGUCUUUAGAAACGAAGCCGUUGAUGCUACACACUUGGCCGAAUUCCACCAAGUUGAAGGUGUUAUUGCUGGUUACGACAUCACGUUGGGUGACUUGAUUGGUUUUAUGGAUGAUUUCUUUGGCAAGAUGGGCGUUGACAACUUGAGAUUCAAAGCUGCUUAUAACCCAUACACCGAACCAUCUUUGGAAAUCUUUGCUUACCACAAGGGCUUAAAGAAAUGGGUUGAAAUUGGUAACUCGGGUAUGUUUAGACCAGAAAUGUUGGAAACCAUGGGCUUGCCAUCCAACUUGCGUGUCUUGGGUUGGGGACUUUCUUUGGAAAGACCAACCAUGAUCAAGUACGGCGUUUCCAAUAUCAGAGAGUUGUUGGGCCACAAAGUCUCUUUGGACUUUAUCGAGUCUAAUCCUGCUGCUAGAUUGGAUGAGUUGUUGUAG